UUUGGCAACUGAAGGCAGCGGUCCUUUCCAGCGCCUUGCCUGCCCUCUUCAUGUUUGGCACGGUGAAGGGGGGACGGAGUGAGGGGAGGGUGUCCAAGCUUUAUUGUUAAAGCGUCGGAAUGGAGAAACGAAAGAAAGGCACCCGUCCGGAGUAACUGCCGCCUCUCCCUCGAGCUCUUCUGCGGGCCCUCAAAAACGUGCGGAAGGGCGACGGGUUUUUUUUUUUCCCCUUUGCUAAAAUGCAAAUUUUUUCCAGGCUCCCCGGAGAUGUGACCUCCUCCCUCGAGUAACCGCCACUCGACUUGUCCCCGGGGAGAAGAGAAGCCGAGGCUGAUUUAUUGGAAAUUCCACACUUGCCGGGAAAUUUUCCUCGAGCCUUUUGGCUUAUUUCGGGCAAGGCGGAGUUUCCAAGCCAUUUACCACCACCACCACUCUCGCCACCACCCCCCUCGCCUCCCCGCCUCCUCCCUGUGUAUAUAGGCCUGAGCGUCAACAGCUUCUGCCAAAAGUAGAGCGCUUGUAUCAUCGGGCCGCCGGUGGAGAAAGACGGUUCCUCGCCUGCCAGCUCUGACUUCCAGACACCGAGGUCUUCCAUAGAAGAAGAUGCUAAAAUCAAUGCCCCUUUUCUAUAGCAGUCCUCCAAAACCUGCUAAACAGACUAAAAACAAGAUGAUGGCCAAAGCUUCGACAUCUUCUGAAUCAGAACCUGAUUCAUUGUCAAUUGAAUCAUCCUCUGAAGAAACCCAUCCAAAAAACCACAUGAGAACUGAGAACUACAAGCAGAUUCCUUUGGAACUCACUGGAACAGACCAUGAUAAGGACAAGCAGAAAACAGGACUGAAAAAAAAAAUUGUUCAUUAUUUAUUUGACAGAGGUGGGAAAAGAAAAGAAAAGAAACCUCAGGAGGAAAACUGUCAGCCGAUUACAGUUGACCAAAUCAAGGCGCUGAUUAAGAGCCAACAUUUUUACGAAGCCAGUCAACAUCUCAUCAUGCAAAAAAAAUUUAACAGCAAUCUGGACAGCAGAAAUGAUGAAGAAACAUUGGGCAAUCAGACUGAAAUUGAGGAUUUAUUAGAACUUUUAUAUCAAGAGGUCUUCAACAUCAUACAGUCAUCUAUCAGCAUAGCAUCAACAAAACCAGAAUUGCUGAAUAAUGCAGUGAGAGCAGUUAUUAUGUGGGUGGAGGAGGAGGAGGAGAGAUCUAUUCAUUCCCAGCUCAAAACAUGGAAAGAGGAAUGGAGGAACACUAUCCAGAAAUCUGUAGAAGAACGAAUGAGCACACCUCCUUUGGUUUGUAAGAAGGACCUCUCUACCACUGGUAACACUUUCUUGCAUAUGGGUAAGACUAUGAAGAAUGACAUGAUCACAGUGGUGCAGCAUAUUAAAUGCCAUUACCCUGAGCAUUUUCAGGUGUGCAGAACUUAUGCCACGUUCUACCACCAUUACUUUUCAUCUCAGAUGGAGAGAUUUGCUGAGCUUGAAUUGAACAAAGAUGACAAUUACCUUCUUCUCAACUGGGCACAUAAUUUAUAUCCAAAGGACAUUAAAAACAACAGUGUUUUAGUUAAAGAGUUGGAUGAAGCUAGUCUUGGAAACUUGUUGUCGUUGGGACAGAUCAGACAGCUUGAACAAACUUACUUGACUCAUGAAGUGGAUUUUGUUAGAAGUUGUCUGGACAAUUGUUUGAAAAUAGAAGUCAAGAGCUGGACACAAGGGGCAGCACCAGAGAUAUUGGAUGAUUAUUAUCAUAGUGAAUUAUCAAUAGAUGCUAUAAAGGCUAUCUAUGGAGCACAAAAACGUGCUGAGGGCAUCACUCCAGAGGUGGUCUACCAAAUGUCAGCUUUACUUUUGAGAGAACUCUUGACUUUUCUGCAAUGCUACAAGAAAGAACUGGAGACAUUCAUUAAAGAAAACAAACAGAAUAAAUAUUUUGAAGCGAUAAUAAUUGCAAACAUUAACAAUUUUGAGAAUUUCCGUACCCAUGCGGAGAAAAGCAUAGAUUCAACUGAGAGUGAUGUUAAAAUGAACAUCUUUUCCAUACUUGAUGACCUUCAGACGACUGGGUUUAACGUGUUCCUUGAUCCCUUGUUUCCAGAGAUACAGACGCUUUUGAAAAAGUUUAAUGAGAAGAAAUGGGAUUCCUGCAGUGGCCUUAUGGAUGAAAUAAUUACAGCCAUGUAUCCCUGUAUCCGUGUGUUCAAGAGGCUUAAAAACCCUCAUCGCCAGGUUAUCAUGGAAACAAUUCACCUCCGUCUAGUCCAAAAAUACAUUCAAAAGCUUAUGUGGAGAAACACCACACUCAAAUCUCCUGAGAAGCAAAAUCAAUUGUCUGAACUUAUCCGAAGUCAUGCCUCUAUUUUGUACACAUUUUGUAUAGAGAAUGGGUCUAAUGCCACAUGGCUGGAGUCUGCUAUCCCAAGCUUGGCUGAAAUCAUUAGACUCCAAGAUCCAGAUGCUAUUAAGAUUGAAGUCGGUGCACUUGUCAGUAGAUAUCCUGAUAUCAGACGGAGACAUCUCUAUGCCAUCUUGCACAUUAAGCCCUUAUCCAGUAGCAACCUUAACAGCAUUUUGACUGUGCUAAACAUUCAUGGAGAUGCCACAUUGCCAUCAUCAUUGCUGUUUUCAGGCAUUAGGCUGCCAUUUCCACUGCAUUGAUUUGAACUACGCAUACUGUAACUUCUGGCAGGAUCGAAGUGGAAAGAAAAGCUGGAUUCUUCUUGAACUAUCCUAUGCAAUAUAUAUAAAAAUUUGCUGCCAUAUGUAGCCCUUGACUUAUGACCGGUUUUUCAGAAGUAAUUUUCAUUGCCUCCUUCCUACAGCUGACAGAAAAAAACUGACCCAAGAUCAUCUAGAUAGCUUUGUGUCCUAUGUUGGGACUAGAACUCACUGUCUCCCGGUUUCUAACCUGAUGACCUUAACCGCUACACCAGUCUGGCUCCUUAUAACUGCAUGCAAGGCUAAAAAUCCCUGUUUCUCAUCUCAUCUCACCAUUUUUCUUUACUUUCUUUACUCGGUCAUUUCUCAUCCUGUUUUUUCUCUUUCCGAUACAGAAAGAAACAUCUCUGUGCCAUCUUGAACAUUAAGCCCUUAUCCAAUGCCAAGGUUAAAAGCAUUAUGAGUGUGCUAAAGAUUCAUGGAGAUGCCGCACUGCCAUAAUUAUCACUGUUUUCAGGGGCCAGGGUACCAUUUAAAACUGGGAUAGUUUCCAUUUAUGGGGAAAAAAUUAUAUUGUAUUUAAUAAAGUCCUACUGCUGGCAGGGCCGGUUUAGCUCACGCUGGUAAAAGCCUGUUAUUAAGGCUUAUUAAGAACACAGUAGCCUGCAAUUACUGCAGGUUCGAGCCCGGCCCAAGGUUGACUCAGCCUUCCAUCCUUUAUAAGGUAGGUAAAAUGAGGACCCAGAUUGUUGGGGGGGCAAUAAGUUGACUUUGUAAAAAUAUACAAAUAGAAUGAGACUAUUGCCUUAUACACUGUAAGCCGCCCUGAGUCUUCGGAGAAGGGCGGGGUAUAAAUGUAAACAAAAAAAAAAUAAUAAUAAUUGUAUAACUUAAUACUCAACACUGGAAGUUUAGAUGGAAUGUAACACCAGUAACAGUUAGUCCUCAUUUUUUGACCAUAAUUGGGACCAGACUUUCUGUUGCUAAACAAGGCAGUUGUUAAGUAAGUUACAAAGGAGUUUAUGACUUUUUUGCUACGAUUAUCAAGUAAAUCACUCCAGCUGUUAAUUUGGCUUCCCCCAUUGACUUUGCUUUUGGGAAAUUGUCUUGAAAGGUUGAAACUGACGAUUCAGGUGACCACGGGAUGCUGCAACCAUUAUAAAUACAUGCUGGUUGCCAAGUGCCUGAAUUUUGAUCAUGUGACCAUGGGGAUGCAGCGACAGUCAUUUUCAGUGCCAUUGUCGCUUCAAAAAGUCACUAAACGAAUGGUUGUAAGUUGAGGACUACCUGUAUAUAAAUCAUCUUGCAGGAAGCACCAAUACCUUCAUGCUGGCUCAUUUUCCCCUAUAAAAAUGAGGGGCUAUAUCUCCUGCAAGCUACUUCAUACAGGUGGUACAGAUAGGACGUUCAGAGGUUGGUUCAUUUUUCUGCUAUUUGUUAAAGCAUUUGCCUGGAAGAACACAUGUUUUGCAUGUGAUUUCUCUGAGACAGAUGGAGUUAAGAGAACCUUUGUGAAAUUACAGAGGAUACCGAAUGAGAAGAGCACUUUAGACACAGCCUUAGUUAAGAAACAAAAGUCAGCUAAAGCGCUCUCACAUUAAACAAAUGACCGUAUGAAAAUCAAAUGUAAAUCAAGCUUUGCCUAUUAGCCUAUCUGUCGUGUCCCCCUCCCCCUCCGAUGACUGGGUCUAGGAAGUCCGUGUCAAGCGUGGCCAUGAAGCCUCUGCAGCUUUGCCAAAUUCCUUUCAAUUUCUCAAGGCAGGCAGGAAUCCAAGUUGUGACUUCAGCAAACUAGAUGAGACUUUGCUUGACUCAAGGAAUACCAAAAGGUCCUUUAUAUAGGCUGUGGGGUGCGGCUCCAUGACUCAGCAUUUAUCCAGGCCUGCCCCUCCCUCCCUUCUGCUGGCGUCACCUCUCGGAUCUCCGGAAGUGAGGAUCCUCCCACUUUGAAUUGUUUUCUGCUGUUUGAGAAAGGGAGGGGUCAGAAGGAGUAGGCCCAAGUAAUUCCAAUCCGUGGCUGACUUCCUCUGAUGGCUGAGCCACAGGAACACACGCCAUAUGAGUGAGGUUUGUUUGUUCAUUCCUGACAUCCUGUCCGGGCAUGGGGCCAGGGCCGGGGGCUGGAGGCAUGACAGGCCAUUCAUCUUCAUUAUCAGACUCAGAGUCCGAUAGCAGACCCGGGACAAGAUGGGAGGAGCCCGGCUGAGGAGAGGAGGGAGGACGAGGCACAACACUAUCAUUAUAAAAAGCCAGGGUUAACUCAGCAUUUUGUUUACUGCUCCUGAGAUAAGAGCUAGUGUGGUGCAGCAUCACAGAACUGACUAGAGCAGGGUUGUCAAACUUAAGGCCUGAGGGCUGGAUUCUGUGUUUAGAUCUGGCCUGCAGGCCAGCCCGUGGUGCCUCUGCAGUGAAAACAGGCUCCCAAUCUCUGUUUUCAUCUGAAAUGGCCUCUUGCAACCCUCUGCCAGCGAAAAUAGAGCUUGGGAGGGCCGCAUGCGGAGAUUGGGAGCCGUUUUUGCUAGCAGGGCACUUGAGCCACCAUGGGCACCCCCGACAUGAAUAACGUCAAGUUGGCCCUGCCCACCCUGGCCAUAUCCAGAAAGGCAGACACAACCCUGAUGCGGCCCUCAGUGAAAUUGAGUUUGAGACCUCUGGACUAGAGGCUGCAUUCAGAUUCUUAUUCGGCUAUAUAAAACUCGGUAGAUGAUUUGGAACUACUCAUUCUCUUCCUACUUCCCUUAACCUGUCAAGGUUGUUGUGAUGAAAUAAAUGAAUGAAUACUGUGCCUCAAACGGCAGAAAGACAUUACUAAUAGUCCUCAACCUAUGACCACAAUUGAGUCCAAAGUCUAUGUUGCUAAAUAAGAAAUUUGCUAAAGUGCGUUUUGUUCCAUUUUACAACUUUUCUUGCCACAUUUGUUAAGUGAAUCACUGCAGUUGUUAAAUUAAUGACGGUUAUUAUGUGAAUCUGGUUUCCCCAUUGACUUUGUUUGUCAGAAUGUUGCAAAAGGUGUUCACAUGACCCUGGGACAUGGCAACCGUCAUAAAUGUGAGUCAGUUGUCAAGCAUCCAAAUGUAAAUCGUGAGCAUGCUGCAAUGAUCAUAAGUGUGAAAAAUGGUCAUAAGUCACUUUUUUCAGUGCUGUUGUAACUUCAGUUACUAAGCAAACUGUUGUAAGUCAAGGACUACCUAUAUAUACAUAUUAAUAAUAUCUGUACAUAAUUGUUGUGAAUACAAACAUGUUGCUGUUUAUAGUCUGCUUUAUUUUUAACUAUGACAUUGUUUUUUCUAAUUAAGAUAUAUUUCUAUUAAUGUAUUUCUUCAAAUAUGCAAUAAAAUGUCAUUAUUAUCAGAUAGCUUGUGUUCAUCCCAUCUCCAGGACAUAAGCACAUACAACUGUAGUCAAAAGAGGAGGUUUAAAAGAAAGGGGAUAGAUGCUGGUGCUCCGUAAGAAAGAACAUCCAUGGGAAUACAUUUUUAUAAAAUACAAAAUACAAAACCAAAUAAGAGGACAGUGAGGGGGUAGGGAAAAGGGGAAAGAAAAGUGAGGAAGGAUAGGGAAAGAAAAAGAAACAUUGACUUCCGACUCUCUCUGUUACAGCAUACAGCAUACUAUUAUUUUACCAUAGUAGUAUGAACAUUUCUAUAAAGAUCUAUCAAUCUAAUUUGUAAAACCCAAAAUCAAAGUUUCAUUCUAAGUACAUCCAUGUAGCUAUAGUAGAUUCUAUGAGUGGUCUCAUCAUGGAUACUUCAUAUUCUGGAAUCAGAAUGGUAGGAAAA